ACUCAUUUCAAGAUUAUUGUCAAUUAAAUAAAAAUAAUAACAAUUGUCAAAUUAAUAUUAUUGAAAUUAAUAAUUGUUCAAAUGAAUUAGUACCAUUCUUUUGUGAUUUCAUUAAAGGUAAUAAAAAUUUAUCAACUAUUAAUUUUAAUCAAUCAUUAAAUUUUCAAGAUUAUCAACAAAUUUUAGAAUCGAUUAAUUUCAAUUCAUCAAUUGAUUAUAUUUCUUUAAUUAUUUCAGAAAAUUCACCACAAUUAGAUAAUACAAAUACAAUUUUAAAUUAUAUUUCAAAUUGUAAUUCAAUUUCAAAAUUUAAAUUAACACUUUAUUUUUAUUUUCAAGGUUUUAAAUUAUCAUUAAUUAAUUCAAAUAAUUUUAAUUUAAUUUCAAUUGAGGAUUAUAAACUUUUAUUUUUAAGAAAAUAA